AUGGCUAAGCAAUCUCUAGACGUUUCCUCCGACAGAAGAAAGGCCAGAAAGGCUUACUUCUCCGCUCCAUCAUCCCAGCGUCGUGUUUUGAUGUCUGCUCCUUUGUCCAAGGAGUUGAGAGAGAAGUACCAAAUCAAGGCUUUGCCAAUCAGAAAGGAGGAUGAAAUCCGUAUCACUCGUGGUUCUAGCAAAAGCCAAGAAGGUAAGAUCACCUCUGUGUACAGAUUGAAGUACGCCGUCCGUGUUGACAAGUUGACCAAGGAAAAGGCUAACGGUUCUUCUGUCCAAUUGGACAUUCACCCAUCUAAGGUUGUCAUUACCAAGUUACACUUGGACAAGGACAGAAAGGCCUUGAUUGUCAGAAAGGGUGGUAAGUUGGAAUAA